CGUCAAGAUUGGUAUUGUAUCGAUCACGGAGUUUAAUCAAUUUAAAACUAAAGACAAAGCUUAAAUGGAAAGUUAACCAAAGUGUGGUGUUUUAAAAUGGGAAGCGGUGCAUCAGCUGCUUUUACAGGAGAAACAUAUGGCGAGGUAUCGGGCAGGCGAUUGGCUGUUACCAACGGCCGUACUCGAGUAACACAGAUGCAGAACCCUAAUCAAGGGACUAAGAAGGAUAAUGCACUGAUAUGUGCUGCUAUUGAUUUUGGUACCACAUACUCUGGGUAUGCAUUCUCCUUCUACAAUAGCCCGGACAAAAUACACACUCACUACUGGCCACCAGGACAGAUGACUAAGACGCCGACUGUUGUUCUGCUUGAACCAAGUGGGAACUUUCAUUCAUUUGGGAUGGUCGCAAUGGACAAGUACAAGGAAUUACUGGAUAAGCAGGAGCACAAAGAAUGGUACCUGUUUGAGAGAUUCAAGAUGAAACUCUAUGAGAAAGGCUCGACAUUGAGUUUAGAUCUUCUUACCGAAGAUAUAACGGGUAAGACCAAGUCUGCCAUAGAAAUAUUCUCCGCCUCAAUCAGAUACAUAACAGAUCAUCUUCUCAACCCAGUGAAUGAUUCAGAGAGAAUGAGAGGCAUUAGUAUUAACAAGGACAAGGACAUCCACUGGAUUCUGACAGUUCCAGCUAUCUGGAGCGACAGAGCAAAGGUCUUCAUGAGGACAGCUGCUGUAAAUGCCGGAAUCCCAGAAGAUAUGUUAAGUCUUGCUUUGGAACCGGAAGCAGCGUCUCUGGACUGCCGAGACUUGUUGGGUGAAGCGGCGAAGUACGUCGGCUACCGAUACAUGGUGCUGGAUCUUGGAGGAGGGACAGCUGAUAUAACUGCGCAUGAAGUUGCCGACGAUGGAAAUCUCACAGAGCUACACCCGCCAACUGGCGGGGACUUCGGUGGUACAAAGGUGGAUAUCAAAUUCGAUCAGCUGAUGAGUAGAAUAUUUGGUGAAACAGUUUUAAAACGCUUUAAACAAGAGUACAUGCAAGACUAUUGGGAAUUAAUGUUGGAUUUGGAAAGGAAAAAGAAAAUGUUCAAUGGAACGGGAAAAAUGAUUCUUCAUCAACCAGUGACUCUGACAGAGUUAUUCUCAGACAUAACUGGUAGCACGAUAGAGGAGACUAUAUUGAAAACGCCAUUCAAAAACAAAGUGCAGUUCAAAUUAGGAAAAAUAUACAUUGCUGAAGAUAUAGCGCGUCAGCUAUUUGAUGACGCAUUGAAGAAUAUUUGUGAAGCCACUUCAGGAAUUAUGCAGAAAGUGGAAAAAAUUGAAAAGAUUAUCUUGGUUGGUGGAUUUUCAGAAUCACCAUAUCUGGAAAUGGUUAUGCGAGAAAAAUUCAAUGACCUCGUUGAUUUUCCAAAGGAACCAUCAGGGGCUGUGUUGCGUGGGGCAGUACGAUUCGGACAGAAACCGACCACUAUAUCUACUCGGGUAUGCCCUUACACCUAUGGCAUCGCAAGAAUGGUGAACUUCAAAUCGUUUCAUCCUCCUACUAAGAAAGUGACUAUUGGUGGUAUCGAAUAUUGCGAUAACGUUUUCAAUAUACACAUCUCAAAGGGAACAAAAGUGUCAGUGGAAAACAAACAUUUGGCAACAGAACAUAAAUACUACAGACCAUUGCACGAAAUGACACAAACAUCUAUAGAAGUGUACGCUAGUGAUAAACCUGAUCCUGAAUUUGUCGAUGAGCCAGGCUGUCGACAAAUAGGUCUGGCAGUUGUUGAUAUUGACCCAACAGGGGACAUGGGAUCAAGAAUAUGGGUUAAACUCAUAUUUGGUGGCACAGAAUUAGAACUAGUUGUUCGUGAUGAGAAGAGUAGAAAAAUUAGUAAUGCGGUGUUUAAGUUGUUCUAAUAUCGUUAUCUACGCAAAGUGUUUUAAACAGUGAAAUAAAUAUCUUUUAAUUAGAAAUAUCAAGUAGGAAAGCAUGUUCCGUGUAUCGUCUGUAGUGAUUCUAUUAUUUAAGAAACUUUCAAAACACGAUUUAAGGCUAUAGGUGAAUACUGUAUGAUACUUUACUAUACUAUACAAUACGAUACUAUAUUAUAUGAUAUAUUACAAUAACUGUUUUUGUUUCAAUUAUACAUAUCUAAAAAAACCAGAAACGAUUUUUCCUUUAUUUUCAUGGUGUUUGUAUUUGUUAAAAUCUAGACAUUAUUCAAUGAACAGCUUUUUAUUACCAUUAAAAACGUCAGACUGAUAUGUAUGCUGAAUUGAUUUACAUAUGCAGUCGAAUCGAUCUCAAAAAUAGCAUUAUUCCCACAUUUUACCGAUCUUGUUAAAAGUACCUUAA